CCUGCCGUGGCUGUUCACCCUGGCCAACCGGUUGUGCCGGCCCUGGUACUGGGACCCUGCCCAGGCCGUGGAGCCCGCUAUGGCUGGGGGGCCUGUCCCUACCCCAGGGAGUAGCUUUCUCUUGGUGCGAAUAUACGUGUGGUUCGUAUCGCUGUUUACGCCUGUCCAGUACACCCAGAUCACCAUGAAGCAAUUCCUGUUUGAUUACCUUGCUAAAGGACUGGUGCAGCAAGUGGAAGUCGUAAACUAUGCGUGGGUCCGAGUCUGGCUGUUGCCUAAUGGUCAAGUUGAUUCACCACCUUGCGUAUUUUUCGUCCUUGGAUGUUUGCAAAAAUUUGAAAAGGAUCUGGAGCAGGCCCAGAGGGAAAUGAAGAAAGAACGAUCGGAGUUUGUCGCAGUGAUGUACACGACCGAACAAAGUUUCCUAGAGAGGUGGAUUGGUGUGAUAUUUACUACCUUGCUGCUUUGCUUAUUGAUAUAUCUUCUGAACGUUGCAUUUAAGCUUCUCGAACUUGGAAAACAUCCAGCUCCCACCGCUAAAGUCUCAGAGAACAAUAUAAGUGUUAGGUUCAGUGAUGUAGCAGGCUGCGAGGAAGCUAAGCUUGAAAUUAUGGAGUUUGUUAAUUUUUUGAAAAACCCACAGCAGUAUUUAGAUCUUGGAGCCACAAUUCCUAAAGGUGCAAUGUUGACCGGACCACCUGGCACAGGUAAAACUCUUCUGGCAAAAGCCGCAGCGGGGGAGGCUAAUGUUCCAUUCAUCGCUGUUGCUGGUUCUGAAUUCUUGGAGGUGUAUGUUGGUCUUGGAGCUUCAAGGGUAAGGGAUACGUUUUCAAAGGCACGCAAAUCGGCUCCAUGUAUUUUGUUUAUUGAUGAGAUUGAUUCCAUUGGACGAAAGAGAAGUUCCAGCACCUGGGGAGGCUUCAGUGAGCACGAAAACACUCUAAACCAGCUUCUGUAUGAGUUGGACGGGUUUAACACUCAGACAGGUGUGAUAGUGUUAGCAGCAACCAACAGGAUCGAUAUUCUGGACCAGGCUUUGCUCAGGCCAGGAAGGUUUGACCGACAGAUCUACGUGUCUUUACCUGAUAUCAAAGGGAGAGCGUCUAUUUUUAAAGUCCAUUUAAAAAAACUUAAAACUAAAGUUCCUAUUGAUGAGCUUGCCAGGAAAAUGGCGGCUCGAACCCCUGGCUUCUCAGGGGCAGAAAUUGCUAAUGUGUGUAAUGAAGCAGCCCUUAUAGCCUCCAGAGAUUUGAGCACCUUGAUUUUACCUGAACAUUUUGAGCAAGCUAUUGAGAGAGUUGUUGCUGGUUUAGAGAAGAAAACUCAGGUGUUACAGCCAGAUGAGAAGAAAACUGUUGCCUACCAUGAGGCUGGACAUGCAGUAAUUGGCUGGUUUCUGGAACAUGCUGAUCCUUUGCUGAAAGUAUCCAUAGUACCGAGAGGUAAAGGAUUAGGCUAUGCUCAGUAUUUACCAAAGGAGCAACAUUUGUAUUCACAAGAACAGCUUCAAGACCGCAUGUGUAUGAUGCUAGGUGGACGAGCUUCUGAACAAAUUUUUUUCAAUCAAAUUACAACUGGCGCUGAAGAUGAUUUAAAGAAAGUAACUCAAGUAGCAUAUGCACAGGUGGUGAAGUUUGGGAUGAAUGAGAAAAUCGGCAUCCUGUCGUUCAACAUUGACCCAGAGAGGGAGACUCCAGCUAACAAACCAUACAGUGAGGCCACAGCACAGAUGAUUGAUGAAGAGGUCAGGCAGAUAGUCAACAGUACAUAUCAGAGGACAUUGGAGCUGUUGAUAAAACAUAAAGAUGAUGUAGAAAAGGUGGCGCUUGAUUUAAUGGAGAAAGAAAAACUUGACAAAGAUGAUUUGAUUAGACUUUUAGGCAAGAGGCCUUUUGCUGAGAAGUCAACGUAUGAGGAGUUUGUUGCUGGCACAGGGUCCUUUGAGGAAGAUACAACAAUGCCAAAGAGUCUAGGAAGUUGGGCUAAGGAGGAGAAGAAAGAUUAAGAUUACAGAAGCCUGUUAGGAUCUAGUUUUUUUUUUUCAGAACCUGCAAC